CUGCAGAUUACGGUAAAACAUGCGUUACGGCUUGCCCUGACGUCGUACCGCGGCAUCAAUCGUCCACCACAUGCCCGUGUGCGUUUUACAGUCUCACGGGGCAUUCAAGAGCACCACGCGUGGUCCCGCGAACACGCCGACAGGCUCGUCUUGAACAGCACACACCCGCUCUCCGAGUGUACGCACCGUCAGAGUCGAGGAAAGGCGUGUAAAAGCCACGAAGCUUUGCGUGGGCCUCGUGGCCGCUCACGCCAAGCUCGCAAACGUACAGUGCGUCGCGCGGCGGAUGGUCCGCGCUCGCGUCCUACGUCCUACCUGACCCGCGGCUCCGAACUCCCCUCCGCCUCGUCGCCCACCCAGACACCCAUCUGCGACGUUUCGUGCAAGCCCGGCGGUCUUCGCGUUCAAGGGCCCGCCUGCGUGCACGGGAGUCAGCCUGUGAUAGAAUUGAGUCCGCUGGUCACUGGGCAUGAGGACUGCAGCGCUUACCUCGAGUGCAGCAAACGAUGACGUCUGUAGACGAGUUGUAUCUGCAUGCACCAGGACUUCCGUCGCAUUAGCAGCACAUCCCGCAAGGUUGAGAACGAACACUGCUCUGGAUGGUGACGGGCGCGGGACGAAGGGCCUACAGCGGCGUCGAG